AUGCACAAGAAAGUCGCCAUUGCCGUUUCCUCGUACAACGAAGUCUUCUACAAGGACGGCGCCAAGACCGGGGUGUUUGUUGUCGAAGCGCUCCACCCUUUCGAAGUGUUCCACGAAAACAAAUUCGACAUUGACUUUAUCCUGGAAACUGGAUCAUUUGGAUGGGAUGAACACUCUUUGUCUUCGGAUUUUCUUCCCGAAAACGAUAAGGCGGUGUGGAAGGAUAAGAACUCUGCCUUCAGCAAGGCCUUAGCCCAAAUCAAGACCCCACAACAAGUCAAUGCUCUGGACUACGAUAUUUUCUUUGCCAGUGCUGGUCACGCCACUUUAUUCGACUACCCUAAGGCUAAAGGCUUGCAAAAGCUCGCCGAAGACAUCUACGCCCAGGGCGGCAUUGUGUCCGCGGUAUGCCACGGCCCGGCGAUUUUCCAUGGUAUGAAGGACCCUAACACUGGCAAGGCUUUCAUCAAUGGUAAAGCUAUCACUGGUUUCACCGACUUGGGCGAAAAGCUUUUAGGAGUGGAAGGUACCAUGAAGGAGAAGGGGUUACUCAGUAUUGAGGACCUUGCCAAGCACGACAAUGCUAUCUACUUGCCACCCAUUGGUCCCUGGGACGACUACAGUGCCACCGAUGGUAGAGUUGUCACUGGGGUAAACCCCGCGAGUGCCGCUUCCACUGCUAAGCGGUGUAUCAUUGCCCUCAAGCACGCGCACAAGAAGAUUCCUCACCAAUCUGUGACAGACUUGAAGGAACUUGCUGCUGAGUCCAUCCACUAA